AUGUCUGGAGAGUGGAGAGAGGUGAGGAGGAGAGGGGUAGGUCCUUCCCAUCCCGAGCGUUAUCCGGUGAGGCAGAAAUAUUACCCUAACCAUAGGUACACCCCCAAAACCCAGUCAGUUGGUUGUCGGAGUUCGCUGGGUUCGGUCGGUGAAGGUUUCACCGUCUUUUUCAAUAACUUUCCGGAGGGGACUUGGCUGGAAACCCUGGAAAGAAGAUUCAGAAAUCUUGGGAAGGUAAUCGACAUUUUUCGUCCAAGAAAAAGAGACAUCAAAGGGAAAUCGUUUGGUUUUGUUCGAUUUGAUAAGGAUUCAGAUAGAGAGAGUAUUUUGAAAGAAAUGAACAAUAUUUGGCUCGGAAGUUACAAGCUCAGAGCUUACAUCCCUAGAUUUGAAAGACCACCCCUGAAGCAUUCUGGUGGCUUCACCCAAAGCGGCGGUUUUGAAACCAACAUUAAGGAGAAGAAGGAGGCAGGUGGGAUUAGAAAAAUUGCCUUCAAAGUUCCGUUGAACAAAAGAACAGAAGGAAAGACUUUCGCUGCAGCCUUAGGAGGGAAAUCUAACAACUCAUCUGAACCCCCGGCAGAUGAGUCAGUUGGUUUCCAACCCAAGGAGGAGGAGCUUGCUUGGUUAAAAUCAUCUUUCACUGGGUAUGUUAAAGCUGAUUUUGUCUGGGAUGAGUUUGAAGUUGAAAUCAACAGUGAGUGCGCAGGGCUCCUAAAGAUAUCAACCUUAGGCGGGAACCUUGUUCUUAUUCAAAGCAUUAAUCAAACGUUGGUUAAGGAUAUUUUGACUGAACUUGACGAGUGGUCCAAAUUUUGGUUCGAAUGGAUUAGGCCGUGGUCGUACGUGGAUGUUUGUUCGCAAAGAACGGUCUGGACGAAGUGGUUCGGGGUUCCCUUACAAGCUUGGAACUCAAGAUUCUUUGAAACAGUUGGAGCUCGGAUGGGUAUGGUCCUUAAAAUGCACGAAAAAACUUCAGCCAAAGAUCGCCUCGAUGUUGCAUGGAUCCAAAUGUCUACAGGGUUGGAGACUUUGAAUCGAGUUUUCGACUGCAGAAUUGCAGGUGCGCACUUUAAAAUCAGAAUUGAGGAGGCAGGUGACAUGCAGGCUGAAGAAUCUCCUCAUGACCUUGAGGACCUUUCGGAAUUAGAAACAGAAAAUGUUCACGAGGAAGAAGCGGUUGACGCAUUUGAUUCUCCGGUGAACGCCAUGAUCAUCGACGAACAGUUGGCUCUCGAAAAAAGUGCAUCGGGUUCCAAAACAGUUCAACAGCCGGAAGUCUCUUUGGCUUCGACAAAAGGCGCCGCCUCUGAAGUAUUUUCCGAAAAAGUUUCCUCGAAGGAAGUACACUCUCAAUCAUUAGGUUCGCAUGUCCCAGAAUCUGUCCCUUCGAAUCCUUACAAUCCCUCGGCCCCAAUUGAGAACCUUAAUGGGAUAGGAGAGUUUUUGAACGUUCAAGGCCCAAAGGAUCAGAGCCUUAUUUUUCCUAAUUCACCACUUCCUGUUGGGCCUCUGUUGGGCCGCGUUGAGCUGGGCUUCGGUAAUCAAUCCGCAGUUAAACCCAUUAAGCCGAGACAGAGCAACUGGGAUACAAGCAAACAAAUUCUGAAAAAGAAGAAAGGGGGAGAAGCUUCCUUGAGACUGGGAAUCCAUCGUUUUCUUCACCCCAGAAACAAGAAAAUUAUCCACAAAUCGCAAUCCUGUAAAGGGGAACAAGUUUUGGGGACGGAGGAAACAAUGUCAGCAGAUAGAUCUAGGGAGGUGUGGAAAGGACCGAGGAGCAAAUGA